AUGCAGACCACCAAGGCCUUCCUUCCCAAGAUGUUGGAGCUGAACCACGGCCACAUUGUGACGGUUGCCAGCUCUCUGGGGCUAUUCAGCACAGCUGGCGUUGAGGAUUACUGCGCCAGUAAGUUCGGGGCCAUCGGCUUCCACGAGUCGCUGAGCCACGAGAUCAAGGCUUCGGAUAAGGACGGCAUUAAGAUGACGCUGGUGUGUCCCUACCUGGUGGACACGGGCAUGUUCAAAGGCUGCAGGAUAAGGAAAGAGAUUGAGCCCUUCCUGCCGCCCCUGAAGCCAGAGUUCUGCGUAACACAGUCUAUGAGGGCCAUUCUCACGGAUCAGGCUAUGAUCUGCACCCCUCGAAUCGUAUAUAUGGUCAACAUCAUGAAAAGCAUCCUGCCCUUCGAGGCCAUCGUUUGUAUGUACAGGUUCCUGGGUGCUGAUAAAUGUAUGUACCCCUUCCUUGCCCAGAGGAAGGAGCUGAUGAACAACAACGAGGCUAAGGAGGAUAUCUAACGGGAGGACCAGGCGAAGGCACAUGGCCUGGAGGCACCAGGAUAGACCACUGAGGGAGCAUGGAUGAAGAGAAAUAAGACUGAAUCUAGACUGGUGCACUUUGCAUUGAGUGGAUACAAAACGGUUGACUGUAGCGUUCUUCUGGAACGAUGCCAGCUGUGUACAAAAACACAAAAGAUUUAUUUCUGACGGUUGUUUAAAGAAACCAAUCAUCUAUAUACUGUGUCAAUAGUUUAAACAUUUUUUUUUUUUUUUAAUCAUAUGAUAUUUUUUUUUUGAAAGGUAUUCAGUAAUUAACUAUUUACAUAAUGUAGUCACCAGUUUUUUAUGUAGCGUCUCGGUGGAAAAUAUGCAGUAUGUUACUGUACAGUACAAUCUUGUUACUUUUAGUUGUUUUAAUUUGUAGACAUGCACUGUAAUACUGACUUUCUCUAUAUGGCCAAGUCUCUAUGUCGAAACUACGGUUCAACAUGGCAUUUCCAGAAUUACAUUACUCCUGCAAAACCCCUGAGGCUCAGUCUAACCAAUCACAACAUGAUGCUCCAAAUGGUUAUCCAAUCAUACUGUUAGCUUGCCUUUAUGUAUUUUCAUUCUGCAGAUCACUUGAAGAUUUAUUGAAGAUUGAAGAUUAUUCCAUUUAUUUCAAACCCGUUCAUUUUAACGUUAUUUUAAGUUUACAACAUUUUAACGUUGUCCUAAGUUUACAACAUUUUUGUAUUUCACUUCUUUUUUUUUUUUGUCACCAUGGAAAAUCCAAACAGCAAAUCAUUGAAUUGUAGAGCAUGUUGUUGUUUUUCUCCUCCAGAGAAGGUUUAUAUUCAUCUUUCCAGCUGAAUACUCCAUUUCUCUCCUGUUAGAAUAGUGGUACCGAAUAUUGGAAUAUUAGUUAGCAUAUUGGCUGACCUACCUGAGGCUUAUCCAAUCGGAUGACACAUUUCAGAACGUCCAGACGUGGAAUUCAACCAAGCCAGUUUUCAUAUAUCGUCCUGUCUGAGUUUCCAGGUGUUUUCCAGAAAUCCUGGUUGGAAGAUUCCUAGAAUCACAUGUUUUUAUGUCAUGAAUCCGCCACAAAGUCAUAAAAUCGAGUCAUUUUUUUAAUUUUUUAACCUUAAUCACACUGAUCACCUUAAUGCCUAACCUUAAAUUAGAUCAAAAAGCACUUUUUUUUUCUUGUUCUUGAAUUCUUGAAUUUUUACAAUAUAGCACAUUUUGACUUUGCAGCUCUCCCAUCUAGGCAAGUUGACAUUUAUUGGGAUGAGUCUUGUCCUUGAGGCAGAACUGAGCCAUUUCUGCUAGAUGGGCCAGCUGCGAAGUCAAAAUUGGCUACAUUCAUAAAAACAAAUGUGUUUUGUUGGUCUUAAUUUGAAGUUAGAGUUCAAAUCUGAUUUUGUGGCUAUGCCAGAUAGUGACCACUGUGCAGAUCUGCCUCCAGAACAAGAUUCAUGGUGAAAAACGCCAACCUUACCCCAUCUAGCAGAAAUGGCUCAGUUCUGCCUCCAGAACAAGAUUCAUGACAAACUUCAACCUGUUGAAAAGUACUGGAAUUUUGCAGCCGCGAGUUCCUCUGGUUGAACUGAUGGAGUCGAUCAGCCUGAAGGCUCAAUACCCUUCUGAACUCUGAUAUGAGUAUUGAUUGAUUGAUACUGAUGACUACUGCCUUUUUAGCAUUUUCUCCAUAAGACAUACUUCCAAUCCAACCAAUGACCAGCCCUUUAUCUCCCAGUGAAUGAUCUGUGAGCGGAGGAACUGUGUAGCUAGCUGAUCUAGAAACUCUACUGUCUGUUUUCACAUCUUAGUGAAGACACGUCUUAGUCUCUGUCUCUCUCUAUCGUCCUCCACUACAUUCAUUAGUCUCUCUCUCUCUCUCUCUCUCUCUCUCUCUCUCUCUCUCUCAUCCUACACUGCAUUCAUUAGUCUCUCUCUCUCUCUCGUCCUCCACUACAUUCAUUAGUCUCUUUCUCUCUCUCUCUCUCUCUCUCUCUCUCUCUCUCUCGUCCACUACAUUCAGUAGUCUCUCUCUCUCUCUCUCUCUCGUCCACUACAUUCAGUAGUCUCUCUCUCUCUCUCUCUCUCGUCCUCCACUACAUUCAUUAGUCUCUCUCUCUCUCUCGUCCUCCACUACAUUCAGUAGUCUCUCUCUCUCUCUCGUCCUCCACUACAUUCAUUAGUCUCUCUCUCUCUCUCUCUCUCUCUCGUCCUCCACUACAUUCAUUAGUCUCUCUCUCUCUCUCUCUUUCUCUCUUUCGUCCUACACUACAUUCAUUAGUCUCUCUCUCUCUCUCUCUCUCGUCCUCCACUACAUUCAUUAGUCUCUCUCUCUCUCUCUCUCUCGUCCUCCACUACAUUCAUUAGUCUCUCUCUCUCUCUCUCUCUCAUCCUCCACUACAUUCAUUAGUCUCUCUCUCUCUCUCUCUCUCGUCCUCCACUACAUUCAUUAGUCUCUCUCUCUCUCUCUCGUCCUCCACUACAUUCAGUAGUCUCUCUCUCUCUCUCUCUCUCGUCCUCCACUACAUUCAUUAGUCUCUCUCUCUCUCUCUCGUCCUCCACUACAUUCAUUAGUCUCUCUCUCUCUCUCUCUCUCGUCCUCCACUACAUUCAUUAGUCUCUCUCUCUCUCGUCCUCCACUACAUUCAGUAGUCUCUCUCUCUCUCGUCCUCCACUAUUUGUGUCCAGUGAAGGUGAAAAUGUAAACGUUGGUUGAGUUGUUUUGAGUACAGUACUACAUUACCCACAAUUCCCUCCAUGGAAAUGAUUUUUCACUAGGGUUGCACAUUUCUGGUAACUUUCCUAAAACAUUCCCUGAUUUGUCUAGAAAUCUUGGUUAAAAAGGUUUCAGGAAUCAAGAUGUGGGGAAAAAACAGGAAAUCCUCCAACCAGAAUCUCUGGGAAUUUGGGGAAAUGUACUGUACAUUUGCAACCUUAGUCUCCCCUGUAUUUGAUAUUUGGUUAUAUAUUUGCUCUAUUUUAGGGAAGAACACAACUGCAGAGUUAUGUAUUGUAUUACAACUGCAUUCCAAUAGGCCUCAUUCCUCCAGCUACGGUAAUGAGCCUAAAUACUCUACCUCUUCAUUUGCCAUUCGUUGACAGUAUGACAUAAAUCCUAUUUUCUUUUUGUUGUUGUAAUUCUUUCUGAAAGACUGCUCUUUAGUCGAGCAGAUGUGGUUUCUAUGUUUAGUGUCUGUACCUAACUUAAAUGAAUAAAAAUGAUUUUAGAUUAUA